GUCUCCUCCCCUCAGAGUAACAGCUGAGCUCUCACUGAAAGUUAUCACAGCUCCUCACCGGCUCGCGCCAGGACACGGACUUUCAUCUCUUCGUACUCUCAGCAUUAGGAAUGAUUCGGAGACUGACAGUGUUAAUGGUGGCGUGGUUCGCGGUCUUUGGUGAAGCUGUGACUUUUUCCCGCCGUGUUUCGGACGAGCAGCCCAGAAAUUCAAGACAAAAACGAGACAGCUGGGCGGUCAAGUCCAGCUUCACGGCGUGUAAAACUUCCCUCAGCCCCAAAGAACAGAAGACCCUGGACAGGAACACAUACGAGACAGGGUUUCAUGGAGAUGACGGCUUCACUUUUAGUCUCACAUGGGUAGGAGAUGGGACUGGGGUAAUUCUGGUGUUGUCCACAGUCAGCGCUCCGCUGGAGUCCUUUUAUGAAGGAGGCUCCACGCGACUUUACAGGAGUGAAGACUAUGGAAAAUCAUUCCAUGAUAUCUCCCAUGCCAUCAACAGUUCCUUCAUAAAAAAGGACUUUGGUAUAUGUGCAGGCCCAGGGAAUUCUCAGCAGGUGAUUCUGAUAGCUGAGCUGCCAAUUACCCAUACCCCAGGAGGAGUCAUAUUCACCUCAGUGGACUCAGGGGUAACGUUCAAAUCAGUGCAGCUGCCGUUCCACCCAGCGCAGCCCAUAUCCUUCCACGACCAGGACCAAGAAUGCCUGCUGGUCAUCGGCACAGACAGUGGUCUAUGGCUCUCGCAAGACUUUGGGAAUAGUUGGUGUAAAAUCCAUGAUGGAGUCUACUCUUUCACAUGGGGACCCGGCAACACCCUUUUUUUCAGUUACAGCCCUGAAAACACAGUGGAGGCGGAUAAACGAGGAGAACUUUUUCUGAGACGCACACGAGACCUGGGCCAAACAUUCACUACCAUCGCACAGAACGUCUUCACCUUCGGCUACAUUGGAGGCUUCUUAUUCACCUCCGUCAUGGAGAAACAGGGUUCUCCUCGGGUUAUCUAUGUAUCUUCAGAUCAGGGGGAUUACUUCAACAAAGCUCUGCUGCCAACGGCCUCCUCAGAGCAGUUCUACUCACUUUUGGAUGGUGAUGAAGACAUGAUCUUUAUACAUGUGGACAGCCCUGGAGACAACUCGUAUUUCGGAACGAUCUAUACCUCCGAUGACCGUGGCAUCCUGUAUUCGAAGUCUCUAGAACAUCACCUGUUUGGCAUGGAAAGGAAGAGUGACUUUACCAAUGUGACAUCGCUGAGAGGAGUCUAUCUUACCAAUGUCCUGGUGGAGGAUGGACGAAUUUCUACAGUCAUCUCCUUUAACAAGGGCGGAGAGUGGAGACCACUAAAAAAGCCAGAAAAUGUUGAAUGUGGAAGAGGUGUUGAAAGGUGUAACCUACACAUCCAUGGCGAACACAGUCUCUACAGUGGCAUUUCUCCCAUGCUGCCUCUGUCUGACCCUUCUGCUGUUGGACUGAUCAUUGCUCAUGGUAGUGUAGGGGACUCCAUUUCAGCAUCUAAGCCAGAUGUGUAUGUGUCCUCGGAUGGGGGCUACAACUGGAUUGGCACACUGAGGGGGCCCCACCACUACAGCAUACUAGAUUCGGGGGGCCUGAUAGUGGCCGUGGAGGCUCACAAAGACCGGCCAGUUAACUCCAUAAAAUUCUCCACAGAUGAGGGCCAGUGCUGGAAAACUUAUAAUUUCACUGAGCAGCCCUUUUUUAUUGCUGGCCUGGCAUCUGAACCUGGCACUAAGACCAUGAACAUCAGUGUGUUUGGAUACCGACCUGAGGAUGAUGAUCGGCCCAUGUGGGUCGCGGUUACCAUUGACUUUGAGCAACUGCUAACCAGAGAGUGUGAUGAGGAUGACUAUGAGGAGUGGCUGGCCCAUUCUGAUGAUUCAGGAGCCUCAGAGACUGAUGGAUGUGUUCUAGGCUACAAGGAAACAUAUAGGAGGUUGAGGAAGAUGUCUGUCUGCAGAAAUGGACGGAACUAUGUGGUCAGCAAGCAACAGACCCCAUGUCCCUGUUCCAGGGAAGAUUACAUGUGUGAUUAUGGUUACUAUCGUCAUGAAAACAGUUCUGAGUGUGUGGAAGAAGCUGACUUCACAGACAAGAAACUGGAGAUCUGUUUAAAUGGAGAGUUGGAGGAGCUUUAUACAACAGGGUAUCGCAAGAUCCCCAGUGAUAAGUGUGAAGGUGGUUUCAGCCCCCCACGUCAUAUGGAUGCAUCCAAUAAGCAUUGUGGUAACUCCAGUGAAGGUUCCUCUUCAAGCCAUCACCUUCCUAGACUAGAUCAGGUGUGGUUGCAGAUUGUGAUAGGUGUCAGUGUGGGGAUCAUAGUGCUGGCCGUCAUCACUGCAGUCACCAUUACAGUCCGGAGAAUGAAAUGCAGGCAAAGGUCAGCAGCAUACCGAUUUUCUGCUCUUCAGCUGCAGGAGGACGAGCCCUGCAUCACCUCUGUUGGUGGGCCCAGCAGUAACCGAGCCAGCUUCCAAGAAGAUUCAGAUGAUGAUCUCAUUGAAUGAGCAGCAUCUAAUUCCUGAGUCUUCCAGCUGGUUUGUCAAGAGUGUGAGGUUCUUGCACCUGCCUUCUAAAAAUCAUCUUUCAAGCACCAGAUCAUGUUUGAUGCACUGAAACAGGACAGUUACAGAGGAACUGCUGCAACAAUAGGCUAAAUUAAUGAUUUAACAUUCAACUGUUUGUUUUAGUGUCAGUUAAGUAUUUCAUGCAAGGAAAACUGCAUAGGAUCUUAUCAUGAGUAAACUUCCUUUUCACAUGCCGUCAUUUCAACUCUGUACUUUACACUGUCUUUAAAGCUGCUGCUAGUAAAGUUUUCCUGAAAAUGUGCUUGAAAUA